AUGUCUGAUUCAACCAAUAUUAUAAUCGAAAAAACAACAAAUCCAGAAGAAAUCGAAGAGGAUCAGAAGAAUGGUGGAAAUGAUGAAGAUAGUAUUUUAAUAAAGAAUGGAGGGAAGGAUGGAAAUAUGGCGGAUGUUGAGGAUUUGGAGAGGGGAGAGAAGGGACGAGUUAUGAGGAAAGAUAGAGAGGUAUGGGGGAAGGAAUGGACCGUGCUGGGAACUAGUCGGGGCAGGUCUCGAGCAGGUCUCGAGUCGGAUUUCUCUUCGGGUCGGGUUUCAGACAGAAAAAGGUCAGGGUUUCGAGUAACCUUCUCAUCCUUAGUAUGGGGUGAAUACUUUCAGAAUUUAUUAAUUCAGAAAAACUAUGGGAGAGAGGAGGAAUCGAGGUUGAUCAGUUAUGAGGAGUUGAAACAAUACAGAAAAAGCCCUUUGUGGAGAGGAUUGAGGUAGCUUUUAAAAAAUUUUUUAUCAAAACGGGGUGUAGGAAACACAAAAAAAGGGUGAUGUGAGUAUUUAGAAAUAGGAUAAAAGAAUAUUCAGAGAUCGGACAUUCAGAAGCAGGUUCAAGGGACAUCCAUAUAUGUCUGAUGGGAACAUUCUUAAGUAGAGUAAAGGGAACAUUUAGAAGUGGGCUAAGGGUCUUCAGAAGUAACGUGAAGGGAGCAUCAAUUAGUAAGUUAAAGGGAACACAUUCAAGGGAGGAUAGAGG